AUGGAUGCCUAUUUCGACUUUGUAAUGGAGGGGUCCUGGGAGGCGUACUGCACUGACUUGUCAACGCAGGGUCCUGUCGCUGGUCCAUCCAGCAUAUUCACCGGAGCUUUGGGGGACUCCGGUUACAGGGACGCCUCAGACUGGCCGGGCUAUUCGCCGACCAGCAGUUCGUCGGUGGCUAGCACGCCACCAAUACUGACACCGGUCGUGCCCUACGGCCAGAGUGUCCAGGGGUUCGACAACUCCUGGAGCAUGCAACAGGCUUUGUACGAUGUCGCGAUUUCGUAUGAUGAGCACGACUUCGUCGACUUCGGCUUUGAAUGGGGACAGCCUGCCGCCGACGUCAAUUGCGUCCCACAGGCCCCGGAUACAUUUGAUGGUUAUAACCAUCUCGACUACCCUUAUCCCGCUGCAGAUGAGGUGCCCUGUGUCCAGCCUUCGCCUUCGCCGCCAACAGAAGAUGGUCAAGCGGCUCCGUACCCUCCACACGUCGACGCGUUCCGGACGCGGUUCGACGCCCACUCGAACGUCGUCCGGAUCGAGGUCCCUGUCACCUGCCACGUCCAGAACUGCGGCGCGGUCGUGAGCCCCGAGGGGCUGCUGGACCACUUGCGAGACGUGCACUGUUCCGACACCAAGUGCACGACGAAGGUGCAGUGCGGCUGGAGUGGGUGUGCCUCGGUGAUGACGCGGUCUGCGCUUCACCGGCACGUGCGGGACAACCACCUGCACUUCAAGAAGCUGCACUGUCCCUACUGUCAUACGACGGCUAGGGACGACCACUACGAGCACGGGCAUGGGCUCCCUGAGAACUGUCCCGAACGGGCCCCUUACGAGGCGGGGGACGAGGGGGUGCGGGCAUGGGUCGCCCAGUGCGCUUGGUGCCAGGCGAUCGGGGCGUAA